ACUUUCAAGUCGUGGCGGCCAUUUUACCGCGGCACCUCUCUUCCUUUUAUGGGCAUUUAAGAAAAUCCAGCUUCUACAUUGGUUGAAAAUCGCGAGAAUACUUGCGAGGUUUGAAGUUUUUAAUUUUUUGUUCAUAUCACCACUUAAAGCUAUUGUUAUCAUUUUAGCAUAUAUAAAACAAUAGCUUCUGUGUUUGUUAUUAACAGUCGCGGUUGAGCUAAAAAAUAUAUAUUUGUUAAUGUUAUAAAUAAUAUUCAAAAAGUUUGUUUAAUUCAAAACUGGCGCAUUUCGUACGCAUGAAAAAAUAGUUCGAAUUGACAUUGGAAACAUUUUGAUAGUUGUGGUGACGUUUGCUGUAAAUCUAUUUAAUUUUUGGUGAUUUAAUAAUUGAAAAUAUUUCUGGGAAUUAACGUAGUUUCUAGAAAAAAUAUCGGUGACUUAUUUUGGCGUAGUAAAAUUGACUCGCGCAGGCGUACCCCCAGCUGCCGGUAGGACAACGUCCCCAACAGAUCUCCGAAGACAGACAGUCGAUUUUAUUCAGUGAUUCUGAUUGUUCAGUUUUUGUAGUUGUACAGUUUUCGUAUUAGGAAAUAAAUCAAAUAUGGCAUCAGGAGUAACUGUAGCAGAUGCCUGCAAAAAGGUCCAUGAAGAAAUCAAAAGGGACAAAAAACACAGAUUUGCAAUUUUCUACAUCAAGGAUGGCAAACAGAUUGAUGUUGAACACAUAGGAGAAAGAAAUGCAGAGUAUGAUGAUUUCCUAACUAAACUGCAAGAGGGAGGUGCUAAUGAAUGUCGUUAUGGACUUUUCGAUUUUGAAUACAUGCACCAGUGCCAGGGAACCUCAGAGUCAACCAAGAAACAAAAGUUAUUCCUGAUGUCGUGGUGUCCUGAAACUGCAUCUGUCAAAAAGAAGAUGGUGUAUGCUAGCUCAUUCGAAUAUCUUAAAAAAGCUUUGGUAAUACAGAAAUCUAUCCAAGCGACAGAUUUAGCGGAAGCGAGUAUAACAGCGGUAGAAGAAAAAUUACGAUCCACUGAUCGUCAGUAACGCCUUUUAUUUUUAUUAUUUUUCUUUUUGUAUCUCGACUGUCUACUCACGCACCGACCUACCGAGGUGUAUUAUUUAUAUAAGUAUUUGAAUAUUUAAUAAAGCUUCAUUUAUAAAUUAUAA